AUGCCUUCUGCUACAGCUCCCGACCGGCACCUGCCCGCAAAGCGUAACUCCCUCAUGACUGAGGAUGUGUCUCGUUACGAAGACCUCGUGGCCCGUCGUCGACUCGGCCAAACUCAGCUCACAGCCAAGAUGGCCAAUCUUGCCGACGGGGAAGGUGCAACCCUUGGCGUAUUCGACUAUGCCCACCUUCGCGCUCCCUUGCCCAAGGGCAUCGUCUCUGGCAUCUUCAAGUCCAGCCCCAACAGCUACUUCCUGAUGCGCCGCAGCCACGAUGGCUUUGUCUCUGCGACAGGAAUGUUCAAGGCCACAUUCCCCUACGCCGAGGCCGCCGAGGAGGAGGCUGAACGAAAGUACAUCAAGUCUCUUCCUUCCACAAGCCCCGAGGAGACCGCCGGCAACGUCUGGAUUCCCCCCGACCAUGCUCUGACCCUCGCUGAGGAGUACGGCGUUGGACCUUGGAUCCGCGCUCUGCUGGAUCCCGCCACUAUUGCCGUUUCCAACACACCCGACAGCCCUCCCAAGAAGAUCACUGCGCCUCCGAAGUACGAGCUCUUCAAGGCCCAUCCUCAGCUUGUUCCUCCUACCCCGACUUCGCUCCCCCGAAGCACUCGAUCUCGCCGCUCAGCAAGCCCUACCAAGGCCGCCGCCACUGCUACGCUCCCCAGACCCGUCAGAUCACCUAGAAAGCGCAGGGCAAAGGCCGAUUCUGUUGAGCCUAGGGAAUCCACGCCCACGAUUGCCACUAAGCUCGAGGUGAAUGGCGUGAUUGAAGAAGACAAGGUUGCCGAAGCGGAGAUCAAGACCGUUGUCAAGACAGUUGAGGCGGAGCCUGCGGUAGUCUUCGAGGCCAGAGAGGAGGAGCCCAAGGCCAAGAUUAUCGUCGAUCAAGACAUCAGGACGGACGAGGAUGGCAACGAGACUAAACACACUGCUGUAUCACUAGAGCUUCCCCUGCUGAGUGCAGAGCCGCCAUCUGCUGAGGAGACUGCGCGUAUGAUUGCGGAGGCGAAGCAAAUGGUUGAGGCGGCUGCCGUCAAGUCAGAAGGCGUUGACAGCCCCAAGGUCAAGAGCAAACGUGGAGCCGAAGACAUUUCAAAAGGAGAUGAUGAGAAUGAGGAGAAAGAGGCUGCCGAGGAACCGCGGUCAAAGAAGGCGAAGACUGCCGAGGUGCAGGUCAAGAAGCUCCGCGUACGGAACCGGGCUUUGUUCGGUCUGAGUGCCGUGUCACUCGCCGUAGGUGCAUUCUCGUACUUUUUGGGUUCUUUCUAA